GGUGCCCGGUGGCACGUGAGGGCAUCAUCAUUGGCGCCAGCAGCAUCGGUGGAUCAUCGACCCGACUUUAUGCACUUGUGCAUUAAGGCAAGUGCUCUUGUGCAUGUUAUGCAGCUCCGGGGCACAUCAACCAGACAUUCACUCACCCUCGACAUUUCCUUUUAUCACAGUGACUCGUCAACAUGGCGGCACCCAAUGACCAGCGCAUCGCUGUCCCCAUAGACGACCCUGACGCCGACACAGAAUGGAACGACAUUUUGCGGAAGCAAGGCGUGAUCCCCGAGAGGCCACCCAGUCCGACCCCUAUGAUUGAAGAGGCGAUCCUCGAGGGACGAAGACUUGCGCACGAGAACCGCUUGGAAGGCAAAGAUCUCGACGAACUAGACGAGCUCGAGGAUGACGAAGACGAAGAAUUCCUCGAGCAGUACAGAAAGAAGCGCAUGGCGGAAUUGAGCGAGUUUCAACAAAAAGCACUACACGGCAGUGUCUAUCCUUUGUCGAAACCAGACUACCAGCGCGAUGUCACCGACGCUUCCAACAACGGCCCGGUGCUGGUCAACAUGACCUCGUCCAUGGGGAACAACGUCGAGUCGCGGGUGCUGUCAGAGCUGUGGAGGCAAGCGGCAGCAGAAUAUGGGGAUAUCAAAUUCUGUGAAAUACGAGCAAGCCAGGCGAUCGAAGGAUACCCCGACCGCAACUGCCCGACUAUCUUGGUAUAUAAGAACGGGGACAUUGUGAAGCAGGUCGUCACACUGGCGACCAUCGGGGGCGUCAAGACGAACAUGCAAAAGAUCGAUGACAUUCUCGUGGAAGUCGGCGCAGUGCCCGACUCCGAUAUGAGGGUGGUCAAAAGGCGGCGCGCGGCAGAAGACGCAGAGGAAGACAGGUUAGCGGGCAAGAGUAUCAAAACAGGGACUGCCGGUAGGUCCAGGCAGGACGACGACGAUAGCGACUGGGACUGAGCAUCCUGGGAUAAUACAUGAUCGCCGCAAGGCAAAUGCCGCUUGUCUGUGAAAUGGCGUCGCAGUUGGUCAUGUCCACGUAGUACGAAGGGGGCAUGUGCGCACCAAGUGCACAGCCAAUUCUCAACCUGCUGAUGCUGAAUGGAACAUUUGGGGCCAGUCGGUCUGUGAAGCAUGACGUGGGCCUGGACCCUGCAGUGGUUAUUUACUUCAGCCCCUGUCGCUGUUAGCGCGACACUUUCCAAGCGCUGGCGGACGAACAUGAAGAUCUCGACUAAGUCGAUUGUUUGGCCUCAGAAGUGUGAUUCAGGG